UGUAAGUGUGUUUUCUAGAAACAUGAUGUUCCUGCGUUCAUCUGUUGGGCAAACAAUCCACACACAAUGUACAAAAGAUGGUAGAGAUUGGAUUUCAAAAUGGUGUUCGAGUUUUACCCAAAAUCAACAUGUCUGGACAUACUGGAUCAUGGGUGGAAGCAUAUCCCGAGAUUGUCACAUGCGCAAAUAUAUUUUGGCAACCAGCAGGAACUGCCUGGGAAGAUCGUCUUGUGUCUGAACCAGGAACUGGACAGCUUAAUCCUCGAAAGCCCAAAAUUCAUGAAGUCACUCACAGUGUCUUAAAAGACAUGGCACCUCUCUUCCCUUAAGGUUUCUUCCUUACCUGGGCUUACAAAGUAAUCUCUGGUUGUAAGAAAGCUGAUCCAACAUUCCAAAAUUUUCUGUCAAAUGGUGGAACCUUUUAAUCAAAUCCUCAUAUCGCCAUCAACUCAACUCUCCCUUCCAUCACAUCCCUCAACUAUACUAAUGUUGUUUAUUGGGAAGAUGCCUUACUUGUCCAUCCUUUGUUCCUCCCUAAAGACAGUGUAAUUUUACAAACCUGGAACAAUGGCCCAAACAACACGAAGCUAAUUGUUUC